AUGGGAUUUUGGAAUUGGGCAAAACGUUGCAUCACUUCCCCUGAGUUCUGGUCAAACUUUGGCAGGACGCGCUUUCCAUUUCCGCAACUCCCGGGUUCAAAAGUGUAUACAGGAAAAUCAUGCAGUGAACCGCUGAAGGGACAACAGAGGUUGGGGAACUCGCUUCUUCAAGGACCAGGGUUAAGGAAUUGCGAAGGGAAUCGCCGUUUGAGGCCGGCCACGCAAAGCUUGAUUGCGAAGGGUCGCUCAAGCAUGUCGUGUUCUUUUCCUCAUGUAGGGCCUAAUACACUGGCUUUAGCUGGCUCGUUUUGGAUAGGUCGGUUUAACUCCGGUUUCAUGCCGUUACGUACGAUCAUAGAUGUUAGCACAUAA